AGCCGCUGUGGGACGAGCGACUACCCGCCCAUGCGGAGGCUGCAUUUCUUUAUGAGAGGGCUCGGGGACACACCGGCUGCGUCCCUAGACCACCCCCUCCUGGGCCGCGGACCAACCCGCGCCUGCGCUCGGGAAUGAAAGAUGGCAGCGCGCCGUGCGUUAAAAGCUGUUUUGGUGGAUCUCAAUGGCACACUUCACGUUGAAGAUGCAGCUGUGCCAGGCGCACAGGAAGCUCUUAAAAGGUUACGUGGUACUUCUGUAACGGUUAGGUUUGUGACCAAUACGACCAAAGAGAGCAAGCAAGACCUCUUGGAAAGGUUGAAAAAAUUGGAGUUUGAUAUCUCUGAAGAUGAAAUAUUCACCUCUCUGACUGCAGCCAGAAAUCUAGUAGAGCAGAAGCAGGUCCGACCCAUGCUGCUGGUGGAUGACCGGGCACUCCCUGAUUUCAAAGGAAUACAGACAAGCGAUCCUAAUGCUGUGGUCAUAGGAUUGGCACCAGAACAUUUUCAUUAUCAAAUUCUGAAUCAAGCAUUCCGGUUACUCCUGGAUGGGGCACCUCUGAUCGCGAUCCACAAGGCCAGGUAUUACAAGAGGAAAGAUGGCCUGGCCCUGGGACCCGGCCCCUUCGUGACGGCUUUAGAGUAUGCCACAGACACCCAAGCCACAGUAGUGGGAAAACCAGAGAAAACGUUCUUUCUGGAAGCUUUGCGGGGCACUGGAUGUGAACCUGAGGAGGCCGUGAUGAUAGGAGAUGAUUGCAGGGAUGAUGUCGGUGGGGCUCAGAAUGUCGGCAUGCUGGGUAUCUUAGUAAAGACUGGGAAAUAUCGAGCAGCAGAUGAAGAAAAAAUUAAUCCACCUCCUUACUUAACUUGUGAGAGCUUCCCUCAUGCUGUGGACCACAUCCUGCAGCAUCUACUAUGAUCCUUUAUGUGAAUCAGAAGCAACUGGAAACAGCUUUCCGUUGUUUGGAACGAAUCCCUCCCCAACUCCACGCCCGCAUAGAUAGACACGGACCAACCCUCCUCUAUUGUGCAUUAAUUAGAAAGAAAGGUAUUGAAUUGCAGCCAGCCAUGAUGCCUUGUUUAUCCCUUUUGUUUUAUUUUGUAAAAGAAGAUGAGACCCAGAGACCGGGAAAGCGGAGAUUUUAUGCCAUUCCUUUUAAAAUAUUCAUCAGGUUAGGCCGGGUUGGGCGGGGGGCUCCUGCAGGGACUCGUGUUCUCUGCUGUCUCCUCACUGGCACAUGGGAGGGGGGAGUGUUCAGAUUGUGAAUAAAAUUGAGUGGCAAUUUUUUAAUUAUAAAAUAAUGUGUCGAAAAGUAUGUCGGGCUCUAGUUUUAACAUUGAGUUCAGCUGUGAAAUCCGUCACCAGUGCCAAGUGGAGUACAAGUCAGAAGAAGCAAAAUAAAUUGUCCUUUAGCCCAAGUGAUCAAGUGAAUUUGCUUUAACGGAUGUUGAAAACUAGAUUAUCUACUGUAUUAUUCCCAGCACGGGUGACUUCUUUUUCUCUUCAUUAGCCAGAGAAGACUAAUUUAAAUUUAGAACCUGAUUUUAAUUUAAAAUAAUAUUUCCAUUAAUAACCUAUUCAUUGCAGAUACCUAUUAUACUGUGUAACAGUUGUUUUGGAAAUUUUAUGUAAAAUUAAAACUAUCAGUAUUUUA